AUGCGGCUUCACCCUCUCUUAACCUGCAUCACAAUCUUUUUGUCGGUCUUGACACACGCUCAGGCGCAGUCUCUUCCAUCAUGCGCCCUAAAAUGCCUCUCCGAUACACUCCCCCAAUCAAUCUGUGCACCGACCAACCAAACUUGCAUCUGUACAAGCACCGAUUUUAACGCGAAGAUGUCUAGUUGCGUGGCGGCAAAUUGCAGCGUCAAGGACGGUCUCACUACGGUCAAUACCACAAAUACAGAAUGCGGGCUUCCGGUGCGAGAUCACACUGCGCUCAGUAUCAUAGUUCCAAGCGUUGGCUUCGUCGUCGUUGUGUUUAUUGUUUUAAGGUUAUUCACACGCCUGGUGGUCACGAAAUUAGAGCUGGGAUGGGAUGACUGGACAACAAUUCUUCUCGGGUGUGUCAUGGUGGCAACUAACGUCGGUUCUAUCUUGCUCGGGAAAGCUGGCCUGGGAAAGGAUAUCUGGACACUCGAAUUCCAGAAUAUCCAGAGAAUUCUCUACGUUUUUUAUGUCCAAGAGCUCCUCUACGUCAUCUGUAUUGUUCUCACCAAAAUCUGCUUCCUCCUAUUCUAUGUCCGCAUCUUCCCUUCCGUCACGAUGCGUUGGGUUAUAAGAGCCUCUGGCGUUCUGACACUUUGCUACGGCAUUGCUUUUCUCUUUGCUUUUUCUUUUCAAUGCUCCCCGGUCAGUUUCAAUUGGGAGAGUUGGGAUGGAGAGCAUGAAGGAACAUGCGUGGAGAAGAAUACAUUGGUCGUGGCUGCUGGGGCGCUCAACGUCGUACUUGAUGCGUGGGUUAUAGCCCUGCCGAUCCCUUCGCUGCUGAACCUCCAGGCUUCAUUGACCUUGAGAUUACAAAUUAUUGCCAUGUUCUCCGUGGGCUUUCUGGUCACCGGCGUAAGCAUUUACCGCAUAGUAAUGCUUAAGAUAUUUGCUACAAGCACCAAUCCAACAUGGGACAACGCCGCCGGUGGCUACUGGUCCAUUGUUGAAGUGGAUGUUGGAGUUUUUAUACUGUGCAUGCCCGCCCUGCGGUCAUUGCUUGGCCGUCUCCUUCCGAGUGUUUUUGGUUCAACGAAAGGGUUGAGCAGUGCCGGCCGACCACCCAAACAAAAUAAAUUCAAAGGGGCAUCUGGUAACCACGUAAACACAAGCUUUGUACAGCUUAUCGAAAUGGACAACGCAAAGGGUCCGAAAAGUGCUAGUGAAAGUUGCUGA